AUGGAAAUGUUUACUAGCGAAUCUGGACGAGGACAAUCCGCCAUGGUCCAGAGAUGGAUGGAAUGGAAGAACAUGGUUGCUUCUCUCGGUAGUAAUGCUCUGGAAGUCUAG